GGCUGCUGCGCGGGGAUGGGGCCGGAGCGAGGUCUUCUUUUCAGUAAAGACUACGUUAAACCCACAGAAAUAGAUGGGAAGAAGAAAUGGAAAGGUGAAGGUACCACACCUAACCUAGAGAGCAUUGUAAUUGGAAGGUGUUAUGAAUAUAUUAGAAUUGUGAAUCCAAGUAUUGGUGAGAAGAACUGUACAGAGAUAUGGGAAGCUUUCAAAAAGGCUUUUAUUAAUAAGGAUCCUUGCAACAUUUUACCAUCAGACUAUGAGUUAUUCAUUAACCUGGCACUGCACACAAUUCCACCUAACAAGUCUCUGUUCUGGGAAAAUAACCAUCUGCUGGUCACCAGCUAUUCUGAUAGAACUCGUCGCUACAUGCCUCUGUGUGAUACUUUAAUUGGUUCAUUUGGAGAUUUCCUGAACUGGUGUGGACAAGCAAACGAUACUGGAUUUAAUUAUGAUUCCUGCCCUAACACAGAAGAGUGUGAAAAUAAUGCAGUAGAAUCUUUCUGGAAGAUUGCAUCAAUCACUUAUGCAAAGCAGAGCUCUGGGGUAAUAUACGUUAUGCUGAAUGGUUCUGCGAUAGGGGGCGCCUAUCCAGUCAAAGGUUUUUUUGCAGACUAUGAAGUGCCUAACUUCCAAAAGGACAGAAUUUCACGAAUUGAAAUCUGGGUCAUGGAUGACAUUGGGGGACCUGACUUGGAUUCCUGUGGGAGAGGCAGUGUACAAAUAUUAGAAGAGAGACUCAAAACCAUGGGUUAUGACAUCACCUGCAUUGACAAUUACAAAUCUGUACUGCUGUUAAAGUGCCUGGAUUAUCUUAAUCACUCUGAUUGUUCCAUUGUUUCGUCUGCACCUUCAACACAAAGAGGACUUGUAUCCCCACACAGAGGCGGCAGCUGGAGCAGACUCAUUUAUACUAUUUUUGUAGCAUUUGUUUUUGAGAUCUGCUUUAACCCACUGAAUUAAUGUAUGUAAUUCAAUCCUUCUAUUUGCCUCCAUUGUCUGUAAAUUUGGCAUUAUCCUGUCUCUGAAUGCAAUUCCUCCCUUAAUUCCUGUGAUUGCAAGUCUGCCUAUUAUAACCUAUGUAACAUUGCCUUUGACUCCUCUGCUGCUGGAAGCUUCAUCCAUGCCUUCAUCUCUCCUUAUCUGGGUAACUCCCUCCUUGUCUGUGGCCUCAACCUAUUCCAGUUAUCCAGAAUCCCAUGAUGAAUGGUACUGCCCCUUUAUUCACCUGUCAGGAACCAGGGCCACACCACCCCUAUUCAAGGCUGCCCAGAGGGGAGGGGGCAAGUGGGGCAAUUUGCCCCAGGCCCUGCAGGGGCCCCCACAAAAAUAUAGUAUUCUAUAGUAUUGCAACUUUUUUUUAAUGGAAGGGGCCCCCAAAAUUGCUUUGCCCCGGGCCCCCUGAAUCCUCUGGGCAGCCCUGCCCCUAUUCACAAAUAGCUUCAUUGUCUCCCCACCCAUUUUUGGAUCCAUUUUAAAACUGCCUUCUUGUUUUUUAAAAGGCUUCCUUCUGCCUUAGACCCUUGGGCUUCAUUCUCCCCUGCCAUGCACCUUAUGUUAUCUGCACCUCUUUGAAGUGAGUGCAGAUGGGAUGUAAAAUGCUAUUCCUUGUGCGAAUGGGUAGCAUCUUAAACUCACUUUGUACAAGGGUAAAUAACAAAACUAGGAGUAAGGCAGUGGAGAAUUUGGCCCAUUGUUUUCACAUGCACUAUAUCCAUCACUAUCAGAGAUCCUCAACUGGUUGCUUC